AUGACUAUUCCCGCCCUAUUGACGGCCCAGGCCUGUGUCGACAAUGUACAUCUCGUCCUGGGCUCUGGACCUUUGGCAGCCUCGAGAUGUUUCAAGUCUCUGGAAGUCGGAGCUCGUCCAAUCAUUGUCACAUCGAACGCGACGGACUUACACUUCAACCUACGGUCUUGUAUCGAAGACGGCAGGAUUGGACAUAUAGAACGAGAAUUUCAAGAGAAGGACUUGAAUACACUAGGACGAGAGGAAGUCGACAGAUAUGUGGAUGCGGUCUUCGUCACAUUCCCUGCGAAGGAGCCACGGACUGCGCAGAUUGUAAACCUGUGCAAGCGUAUGCGUAUACCUGUCAACGUGGUCGACUCCCCUCAUCUUUGCACAUUCACACUUCUAUCCACAUACUCUGACGGGCCGCUGCAGAUUGGGAUCACCACAUCUGGGAACGGGUGCAAACUAUCGUCUCGAAUACGGCGGGAGAUCGCCUCGACCCUGCCACCACAGUUUGGUGCGGCAAUAGAUCGACUCGGCACUGUUCGACGUAGAAUAUGGGAAGAAGACUACAAAUCUCAAGUUGAAAACGCAAAGGAGGUUAUCGAUGCAGAGGUGGAGGAUGAAGAUGCUGCGGCUCAGAGACAUACUUUUAAUUCAUUGGUGAGAGAGGACGACAAAGAUCCAGGAGUCCUCCGGACCCGACGAAUGAGAUGGCUCUCGCAGAUAUGCGAGUACUGGCCGUUGAGUCGACUAGCAGCAAUCACGGAUGCUGAUGUGUCCGCCAUACUGGAAGCAUACCGAACCACUGCACCGCCCACAGCAACAGAAUCCGUCCCAAUCGACCAUUUGGUGCCUGCCCUGCCUGCACGACGCGGCACUAUCAGUCUUGCAGGCUCGGGCCCGGGACACCCGUCGCUGUUGACCAUUGCCACUCGAACCGCGAUCGACAACGCACACCUCAUUCUCGCAGACAAACUUGUACCUGCUGAAAUCUUGGCUCUUAUUCCCCGUCGGACACCGGUGCAUAUUGCUCGCAAAUUCCCCGGCAAUGCAGAUGCUGCACAAGAAGAGCUCCUACAGCUCGGCUUAGAUGCCAUGAAGCAAGGCAAAGACGUUCUGAGGUUGAAGCAGGGAGACCCGUAUCUAUAUGGCCGAGGCGCCGAAGAGUUCUCGUUCUUCAGAGAUCGGGGCUUUGAAGUCAGAGUGAUCCCCGGUAUCACGAGUGCAAUGUCUGCGCCUCUCUUCGCCGAUAUACCAGUCACUCACCGAGCUGUGGCCGAUCAGGUUGUCAUAUGUACUGGAACAGGACGGAAAGGAGCAGCACCGGACCCCCCAUCCUACCGACCAAGCAAGACAGUUGUCUUUCUAAUGGCAUUGCACCGGCUUGAAAGUCUGAUUCAAACUUUGACGACGCCCUCUCAAGAUGCAGAAAAUUCACCGCAUGCUCGCAGAUUAUGGCCGGCCAAGACUCCAUGUGCAGUGAUUGAGCGAGCAAGUUGUCCUGAUCAGAGGGUAAUUCGAUCAACCUUGAAACACGUGGUUCAGGCGGUCGAGGAAGAAGGGUCGAGGCCACCGGGGCUGCUCGUUGUCGGAAGCUCCUGCGAGGUGCUGCACAAGCUCGAAGACGGAAAGACAUGGCUGGUAGAAGAAGGCUAUCGGAGCUUGGACUUUAUUGGAUCUUCUCCUUCCGAAUUGAGUGUCUUGAAGGAAUUGGAACAAGCAUCAAGUGAAGAGGUUGUCUCGACGAAUACUAAUUGA